CUAGCAAAAUAAAAGUCACAAAUUUCGGUUUCCCAUUGAGGCCAGCGGGGGCGGAGAAUCAUCCAGCAGAUAUUCGAAAGUUUUAUUACCUGAAUUUACGCAUAAAUUAGAAACCUUUGUGGUCAGCAUAUUGUCAAAGCAAUCUUUCUUCCACUUUACAUUUUAAACUACUGAGCUUUCACUACACGUUCUGUUCUCCUCCAAAGGAACUAUGAAGUAUGGAUUGGUUUCUCAGGCUCAAAAGUGCUUUUUCAAAUUGAAUCUGGCAUUUUUGUGGCCAAAGAUGAUGGGUUGUGCGAUGGAGAAGUCAAAAAUGCUCUUUUUCUCUUUGCUUAUUCUUGCAACCUUUCAGCGAGCAGUCUCAGAUGAGCACCAGCCCCUUUCAAAAGUUGCCAUUCAUAACACAAUAUUUGAUCUUGAUGAAAGCGCUUAUAUCAAAGCCACUCCUGAUUUACUUGGCUUGAAGGGACAAAAUACUGAAUGGGUUACAUUGCAAUAUAGUAAUCCAAAGCCAACAAUAGAUGAUUGGAUUGGAGUAUUUUCUCCUGCAAACUUCAGUGCUUCUACCUGCCCUGCAGAAAACAGACUUGUGAAUCCUCCAUUGUUGUGCUCUGCGCCUAUCAAGUUUCAGUAUGCCAAUUUCUCCAGUCCCAGUUACAAGAACACUGGAAAAGGUUCCUUGAAGCUUCAGUUGAUUAAUCAGAGAUCUGACUUCUCAUUUGCUCUUUUCACUGGUGGCCUAACAAAUCCAAAGCUCAUAGCAGUGUCAAAUAAAAUAUUAUUCAUCAAUCCAAAUGCUCCAGUAUAUCCACGAUUAGCACAAGGGAAAACAUGGGAUGAGAUUACUGUAACUUGGACAAGUGGAUAUGGGAUCAGUGAAGCUGAGCCUUUAGUUGAAUGGGGCCCAAAAGGAGGGAAGCUUGUGCAAUCUCCUGCUGGUACACUGACUUUUGAUCGCAACACAAUGUGUGGUGCACCAGCAAGAACUGUUGGAUGGCGUGACCCAGGAUACAUACACACCAGUUUUCUUAAGGAUUUAUGGCCUAACCGAGAGUACCUAUACAAGCUGGGGCACAGAUUAUUUAACGGUACAAUAAUUUGGAGUAAAGAAUAUCAGUUUAAAGCAUCUCCUUAUCCUGGUCAAAAUUCCGUACAACGUGUAGUCAUAUUUGGCGAUAUGGGAAAGGCAGAAGCUGAUGGCUCCAAUGAAUAUAACAAUUUCCAGCCUGGCUCACUCAUCACUACUAAGCAGAUUAUCAAAGACUUAGACGACAUAGAUAUUGUCUUUCACAUUGGUGAUAUAUGCUAUGCUAAUGGAUAUCUUUCACAAUGGGAUCAGUUUACUGCACAGAUUGAGCCAAUUGCAUCAACUGUGCCUUACAUGACAGCAAGUGGCAAUCAUGAACGUGACUGGCCAGGAAGUGGAUCAUUUUAUGGGACCUUGGAUUCCGGUGGUGAAUGUGGUGUACUGGCUCAGACCAUGUUCUAUGUUCCUGCUGAGAACCGAGAAAAAUUUUGGUACACCGUUGACUAUGGCAUGUUCAGAUUCUGCAUAGCUAACACAGAACUUGAUUGGAGAAAAGGAACAGAGCAGUAUGAGUUCAUAGAAGAGUGCCUAGCAUCGGUUGAUAGACAAAAACAGCCAUGGUUGAUAUUCCUUGCCCAUAGGGUGCUUGGUUAUUCUUCUGCAGGGUUCUAUGUGGCAGAAGGCUCGUUCGAAGAACCAAUGGGAAGGGAAGACCUUCAAAUUCUCUGGCAAAAGUAUAAGGUCGACAUAGCCAUGUAUGGACAUGUUCAUAACUAUGAAAGAACAUGCCCAAUAUAUCAGAAUAUCUGCACCAGUAAAGAGAAGAACAACUAUAAGGGCUCCUUGAAUGGGACAAUACAUGCUGUGGUUGGAGGAGGAGGAGCAUCUCUUGCUGAAUUUUCCCCCAUAAACACCACUUGGAGUAUCUUCAAAGACCAUGACUUUGGAUUUGUCAAACUUACAGCAUUUGAUCAUUCAAACCUUUUGUUUGAGUACAAGAGGAGCAAUGAUGGACAAGUUUAUGACUCUUUCAAGAUAUCCAAGGAUUACAGGGACAUCUUGGCUUGUACUGUAGAUAGUUGUCAACCUACAACACUAGCAUCUUGAUCCAAAAGCAACAAAAUAUGUGGAUUUGAUUUCGCUUUUUAUUUUGAUUGAAUAAAUUCCAACAUGUGCUACACAAUGACAUGAACUAAAAAAAUUGUGGUUACAAGAUGAGCAUAUCUAACACUGAGUGUUCUGAAUCUUUGUUGUCUAACAAUUGGAAAUCAGGAAUGUCUGUUCUGAAUC